CGCCUUACUAUUUCCUUUGCUUCAUACGAUAGAUGAUGAUCGUUCAUUUAGUUAUCUAAGAAGCUCAGCCGACGCUGGGUAUCACGCCAUGUCGUCCCUUACUCCUCCAAACCAGCCGUCAUUACCUUGGCGGAUUGGAUCAUCGGUGACCAUCGGAGUGGUCGGGGCCUUUUGUCGGACUUUCCUAUAUGGGCUCAAUGACUCUCAAGUUGUUGGCUUGGAUAGGUUUCUCAAGGUUUUGGAAGAGAGGCGAGAUGUAGGGGCUAGGACUAGGGGACUUCUUACUGUUUCCAAUCAUGUCAGCGUUAUGGAUGACCCUUUAAUGUGGGGCUUUCUGCCUUAUAACAUACUGUUCAACCCAUCCCUCCAGAGAUGGUCACUUGGGAGCUACGAUAUAUGCUUUAAGAACAAAGCCCUUUCGACAUUCUUCUCGCUCGGUCAGACUCUGCCUACUCACCGCACCGCCCACUCUGAAUUCGGCGGCUUGUUUCAGCCCACUAUUACGCAAGCCAUCCGCCUGCUAUCUGCGCAGCCAUUUUUAACCCCAGAGCAAGCCCUAAGUUCCCCGCGGUCGUCGCCGUCGGCCUCCCCAAAAUCGCCGGACGUCAUCGAUCCUUUCUCAUCCAACUCGCUGGUUUAUCCAAUUACCUAUUCUACCAAUGGAACGGAUGUGUUCCCAGCCCCAUCAGCUUAUGACUCGCGGAAGCACAGCUGGGUUCACAUCUUCCCGGAAGGCCGCAUACACCAGCACCCGGUACUGGCUAUGCGAUACUUCAAGUGGGGCGUGUCUCGGAUGAUACUUGAGUCUGAACCUCUACCAGAUAUCAUUCCAAUCUUCAUAGACGGCACCCAGCAUGUGAUGCAUGAGAGCAGGACGUUCCCGCGCUUCAUUCCCAGAACCGGGAAGAAGAUUACAGUGGUAUUCGGCGAUAGCGUUGAUGGAGAGAAGGUAUUUGGCGACUUAAGGCGCAAGUGGAAGGCCCUCGUCGAGAUGCAGAGGGAUGCGUUGAAGAAGAAAGGAGAAGAUACCACGAUGGAGAUGGGAGUGCUGACAGAGGGUCUGAAGUAUAAUGCAGAAGCUGUUGCAUUGCGGCUAGAGGCAACUCAACGGAUGCGAAAUGAAGUCGUGAAGUUGAGGAACUCGCUGGGAUAUGAUGAAGAGGAUCCCAAGAAUGGAUUGGUGGAAACGUGGAUAGAAGAAGGAAAGAGCGGAGCCAGAGAAGGCCACAUGAAGGAUAAUAGCUGGAUCAAAGAUACCUAGCAAUAGACUGUACAAACAUUCGUACCAUAAAUAAUCACUUAUACCA